AAGUCCCGGGAUGCACCGGCGCAGCCGCGCCUGCGCGGAAAGCCUUCCUCUGAUCACAGCAAGGCCUUGGGUUGACCUACAUCAGGGUAAAGAAGAUGGCGGCACCGGCUCGGUUUGGUUUGAAGGUUCGUUACUUCAGCACUACAGUGGUCAAACCAGUGAGCAAACUGGUGAUGCCACCUAUUCAAGUCUAUGGAGUUGAAGGUAGAUAUGCCACAGCUUUGUACUCUGCUGCCAGCAAGCAGAAGAAACUGGACCAAGUAGAGCAGGAACUACACAAGAUAGUUUCAAUACUGAAAGAUCCCAAGUUCUAUGGAGUGGUCAACAAUCCCCACAUUAAGCGCAAUAUCAAGCAAAAAACUGUGAAUGACGUGCUGUUGAAGCAGAAGAUUUCCCCAAUCAUGCUCAACCUUGUCAAUUUGUUAGCUGAGAAUGGACGGUUGCGCCAGACCCCUGAUGUUGCUACUGCUUUUAGUAAGAUCAUGAGUGCACAUCGUGGGGAAGUUCUCUGCUCAGUCACUACUGCUCAGCCCCUGGAUGAAGCAAAUCUUUCCGAGCUAAAAUCUGCUCUUACUGGUUUUCUAAAAAAAAGUGAAACCCUGAAAUUGGAGACCAAGACUGAUCCUUCAAUCCUGGGUGGAAUGAUUGUCAGUAUUGGUGAUAAGUACGCUGAUAUGUCCACAAAAACCAAGAUUCAAAAACUCAGCAAACUGAUAAAUGAAGCUGUAUAAGAGUAUCACCUGAAUCUGAGCAAUUUCCUGUUGGAAAUUAUUGUAAAUCUGCUCCACUAUGUGUACAGUGAUCACUGUCUGUGUGAUUGGCUUUCAUUAGUGUACAAAAAGUUUAAUAAAAGUAUCCUUGAAACUG